UACAGAUAUCAGUAUUUAUUUGGCAGUCUUCCCAAAACAUAGCUAACGAUCUUCCAAACAAUCAAAAAAUUAUGAAGUGCGACGCUGUCAUUGAAAAAAUCAAAGUGCGUGUGGCCGGAAUUGAUCCGAAUGGUCCUCGUAAGGUUUUGGGAGUUUUCCAGCUGAUCAUUGAAGCUUCUGAUGGAGUUCAUGAGUUAGUUGUGGAUUUGAAGAAUCUGAAAGUGACUGAGGGUAAAGUGUCUGAUGCUGAUGUUGUCAUUAAUCUCAAGGACGAAGACUUAAUUGCUGUCGGAACUAAAGCCAUCACUGUACAUGAUGCUGUAGAGCAAAAGAAGAUUAAAAUGAAGGGAGACGAAGCUCUGUUCCAGGCGCUUGUUGAUGCAAUUUAAACUUUAAUGGAAAAACGAAAAAUAUUUGGUGUGACAUUCGCAUGACCAGUGUACUGAUUUGAAAUAAAUUAUUACUGAGGUAAACUUAUCAA